AUAGGAUCAGCGGAGGAAAAUUCAGAUUAGUGUUUAAUAACAGCGCUUUACCGUAAGAGCUUUACAUAGUGAGUGAAUUAUUGUACCUCGUCAUCCAAUAGGGAGCCGUUUUGGGAUUCAGCCAAUUACGUGCCCCGAUUAAAGAUUAAUGGCUCCGGCAUCUUCAUGCUGCCAUGACAACGCUCUCAUCCUUCUUCUGCUGCUGCAUUUCAUCUUACGCUCUUCCCCAGACACAUCUCAGUACUUUAAAUCCCGCUUGCAGUUCGUGCUGAAAUGAACGACAGAUAUCACCGAGCAGCACGAGAUGGUCAUGUGACCUUACUGAAGGAAGCCACUAGGAAAGAGCUGAACGCUGAGGAUGAAGAUGGUAUGACCCCGGUGCUCUGGGCGGCUCAUCACGGCAACCUGGAGGCUCUGAGAGUGAUGCUGGGGCGAGGCGGAGAGCCGGAUAAGUGUGACAUCUGGGGAAACACUCCUCUCCACCUGGCCGCAGCCAACGGCCACCUCGACUGUCUUUCCUUCCUCGUGUCAUUCGGUGCCAACGUGUGGUGUUUGGACAACGACUACCACACGCCGCUGGACAUGGCGGCCGUGCGAGGACACAUGGACGCCGUGCGGUAUCUGGACUCUGUCGCCGCCAAGCAGAGCGCUCUCAACCCCAAGCUGGUGAGGAAGCUGAAGGAGCGAGCGUUCCAUAACGCAGAGCAACGCAUUAAACACUGCGCAGAACUGCAGCACGAAAACCAGCGGCGCUUGGAGAAAAAAUUCCUGAAAGAGACUGUGGAUUCGGGCGCAUCUGGAUCUCUGAGGUUCUCCCUGAGCAACGGCCGCAAAAUCCCACAAUUCAACACUGUUAACUCCAGCAUCAGCUACACACAGGCCACGCUGAACUCCACGGCCAAAGGUAGGAAAAAGAUCCCGAAGUGUCUGGAGAAGAAGAAGCAGGAUGAUGACACCUUUAAGAUCUCUGAAGAUGGGAGGAAAAGUGUGCGUUCCCUUUCUGGGCUUCAGCUGGGGAACAACGUGAUGUUCCUGAAACAGGAGACGUAUGCAGACCCUCGCCGCCGACUCCACGUCCGCAACAUGUUCCCUCAAAACCCGAACGAUGAUGAUGAGGAAGAAGAUGAUGAUGAUGAUGAUGUGGUCGUGGUUUCACAUGCAGUGAGUGAUCCAGGUCUGUACAGUGACCCGGGAAAGGACUCUCUGUUCUCCCGGCCUGGUCUCGGGACGCUCGUUUUCCGGAGGAAUUACGGCAAUGAUGGAGUUUGGGGGUUCGAUUCGUACAGCGUAGAAGGUGAGGAGUUGUUGUGGAGAGAACAGAAUCUUCUCUUUAGAGAGCGCGUACAUCUCCGACCUCCCAGCCCGGAUCAGGACUCCAUCAGCAGCUCCGCAAGUCUGCAGAACAGACACUUAAAGGCUUUUCUAUGGGAUUACAACGAUGGUGAUGAUGACUAUGAUGAUGAUGAUGAAGAAAUAGAGUAUGAUGAUCUGCAGCCUUGCUCUUCUCCUCUGGAGGUGUUCUUGGUGUCUCAGGGUCUAGGCGAGUUCCUGUCCCUGUUCCUGAAGGAGCAGAUGGACCUGGAAGCUCUGAUGCUGUGUUUGGAGCCUAACUUGGCCAUCAUCAACGUUCCACUGGGACCCAGGAAGAAGCUUCUGGAAGCCUGCAGUCGGCGCACACACACUCUGCAGCGAGCCAGGGCCAUGUGUGACACUCCGCUCUGAGGGUGACUGUGUGUGUGUGUGUGUAUGUGUGUGUGUGUGUGUGUAUGCAAAAGAUGAACCUGCUCAAUAAAGAAACUGGGGAGCUUCAGUAAGAUGAUUUAAAUCGUACGCUACUUUGAUAAAUAAGAGCUCUUGUGUUUACAUUGUUGUAGCUACAACUGAAGAAUCUGGAAAACUGUUAUAUAUAAAAUGUUGGAUAUUAGUGUAUAUAUGAUGUAGUCGUGUAGUUUAGAGAUUAUAGCUUUAAAAAAAAUACUUAAGUGAUGACUCCAAUAGCUUACAAAUUUCCUUUUAUAUUAAAUUAAUAGUAUUUAUGUUUGCUUUCAGUACGUCUUUUUAAUAUAAAUAAGACACAGAACUUGAAGACAUACAGUUGGGGUCAUAAGUUUAAAUACACAUUCCAGAAUCUGCAAAAUGUUAAUCAUUUAAAAAAGUAAAAGGGAUCAUAAAAAUCCCUCUAAUAAAAAUCAUAAAUUGUUAUUAUUUUGAGAAACAUGUAAAUAUCUUAUGUAGCUUCUGAAGGGCAGGACUAAAUAAAAAAAUAAGAUUUUUAAACAAAAUAAUAACAAUUUACGCCGAUCAUCCUGUUCAAAAGUUUACACCCCUCUGGCUCUUAAUGUAUCGUGUUGCUUCUUGAGCAUCAGUGAAUGUUUGCGCUUUUUGUAACAGUCGUGUUCGAGUCCCUCAGCUGUCCUCAGUGUGAAAAGAUGGAUCUCAGCAUCAUAAAGCUGCUGAUGGAAAGGAGUCAAAUAUGCAGAAGAUGGUGGAAAAGCAGAGAAGGUGCAGGAGCUGGAGGAUUUUACUGAAGAACAGUGUGCAGUUUAACUGCUCAGGACAAACAAGAGACUCAUGAACAACGAUCACAAAACAUAAAAACAGUCGCUGAUCAUCAGGAAACACACACAGUAUUAAGAAUCGAGCGUAUGGAAACUUCUGAACUGGUUCAUGUGUGUAAAUUCAGUUAUUAUUGUGUCUUGUGGACGAGAUGGAAACAUCUGCUGUGUGAAAUCGCUUAUUCAGGGCAGAACUAAAUAAAAAACAAAAUGCAAUUUUUAUGAUCCAUCUUAUUUUU